AUGGAAGAAGGCACCAGCUCAGACUAUUAUGGUAUGUUGGGUUUUGUAAAGAAAGUUCUUACCAUUUUUUGAUUUGUAAAGAAAGUUCUUACCAUUUCCUACCUUAAAAACUAAUUUUAUAUCAUUUUCAUUACUAGCACCAAAUUUACGACGUUUUAAAAAAGUGGAAGUUAAGUGGAAGAUUUUCAGUACAAAAUACAUUUAAAAUCUUUCACUCACCUUCCAUUUUAGAAAUGUCUUAAAAUAGCCUAAAAACAUCAUUUUCAAGGUUUUUAAGAGUGGAAGUUGAGUGGAAAAUUUGUAAUGUAUUUUGCACUGAAAAUCUUCCACCAAAGUUCCACUCUUAAAAAAUGUUAAAAACGCGUUUUUAGGGUGUUUUAAGACAUUUUAAAACUGAAAGUUGGGUGGAAGAUUUUUAGUGCAAAUUACAUUACAAGACUUCCAUUCAACUUUCACUUUUAUAAAAGGGGCGUUCUUGCAGUUUUUGGAUUGUAAAGAAAGUUCUCGCCAUUUUUUGUUUUGUAAAAAAAGGUUCUGCAUUAAAAUUCAAACCUUAACGUUAAUUUCUUAUCAUUUUCAGCCCAUUCUCGGUCCCAAAAGCGAUGGAUCAGAGCCUUAUAUGAACCAUUAGCUGGUGUCAUAACCAACAAGGAUCAUGUUGCCAUUUUUGAUUGCCGUGCUGAUGGUGAUUACAAGUUGACGUUGGUGAACUCAAAACAGUUACCAGCUGAAUUGAUGUUGUAUCAUGGACUGACGCCGGAUCAAAAAGUGGACUUGAGCGAGCCGGCGGCCGCUAUCUGCCCCUUUUACUCUGGACAGGUAGGUUCUCUCACCUUACUCUACCAUCCUUACUCCGCUCAACCCUAUCCUACUCUAUCCUACCUUACUCUAUCCUACCCUACUCUACCCUACCCUACCCAACCCUACCCUACCCUACCCUACCCUACCCUACCCUACCCUACCCUACCCUACCCUACCCUACCCUACCCUACCCUACCCUACUCUGCCCUACCCUACUCUACUCUACCCUACCCUACUUUGCCUUACUCUUUCUUGUCCUACUACACCAACAUAUGUUCUACACUACCCUAAUUUGACCUAACGUAUCCUAUUAUACUCUACAGUACUUUAACCAACUUUAUCUUAUCCUACAGUACCCUGUAUCAUCGUACAGUUUCCUAACCUACCUUUCUUUACCCUACAGUACUUUGUCCUGUUUUACUGUGACCUACCGUGCCCUACACUACAAUAGCCCUUAAUUUACCUUACAGUAGCCUGACUUCCUUUAGUCUAUUUUACAGUACCAUGUCCGACUUUACUCUAUCCUACAGUACUUUGACUUACCUUAUCCUAUCUUACAUUACUCUACCCUCCUCACCUUACCGUAUUCUAUACUACCUUACUUUACAUUUCCCUACCGUAUCCUACCUUAGCCUACCCUACAGUGUUCUAAACAACAUUGUCCUACCAUACCGUGCCCUACCUUACUUUUACCUACUGUAUCUUACUGUAAUUUAUCUUACCUUAUCCCACCGUAACCCAUUAUUUUCAGGACAAAAGUCCAUGCGUAGCAAUAGCAAUGGGUGACUGUAUCAUAAGCUACCGUAACAUGAAGCCCUACUACAAAAGUAAACUGUCUCCGGAGUUUCUCUGUCCAUCUGAGAUCAUGAUCUGGGAAGCGGCCAAAUCGAACAAGAGCAUGACCUUGGAUACGGUAAAGGAUGGCAUUAAAGAAUGUCUCAAGGAGGUGGGAAUGGCAUCCUUAUCAACCCUAAGCCUACAAUUCUUGGCCCAAGCCCAGGAUUCUGGACGAAGAUCACUGCUACAGAGAGUCCGUCAGAAUCGAGAGCCCUUUAGCCUAACCAACGUUAGGCUUACCUGUUUAGCGUCGAUGAAACGACAUGAACAAAGGCCGGAUGGGGUGGAUAUGCUGGUGACAGCUGCUGAGAAUGGAGCAGUUUACUUUGUGGAGACUAAUGUAGGUUGGGGUGGGGAUAAGGAUAAAUGUAGGGUAGGUAAGAUAGAGUAGGGUAAGGGUAGGAGUAAGGGUAAAGGUAAGGGUAGUAGGGGUAAGGACAAGGGUAGGAGUAAGUAAGAGAACGUUAAGUAGAGUAGGGUGAGGGUAGAGAGGGCAUGGGUAAGGACAAGGGUAGGGCAGGGGUAGUUAGGGGUAAGACAGAGAAAGGUAGAGCAGGGUAGGAUAGGAUGUGGACAUUAGCGUGGGCAUUUAUAAGUUAGGGUAGGUUAUAGGCUUGGGCAGGGGCGUGUGGUUGGACAUAGGCAUUAAUGUGAGCACAGGAGAGAACAGGGCAAGACAGGGAAGGGAGGGGUAGGGUAGGGUAGGGUAGGGUAGAGUAGGGUAGGAUAGGGUAGGGUAGGGUAGGGUAGGGUAUAGGCAAGAACUUUCUUUCCAAAACAAAAAACUGCAAAAACUUUCUUUCCAUCUCAUUUUCCUGACUUUUUAGGCAUUUAUGCGCUUGGACACGGUCAAAAUCACCCAAACUCCAGAUGUCAUUAGAACUGUAGGCUUAUACGACGUCGAAUUUCGUGUCUUUGUCGUAUGUCGAGAAGGCGAUGUUGUGAUAUUGAAGAAGUCGGGUGCCAAUGCUACAACUCAAAGUGUCUUUCUGGUUCGAAGUCAGCCAAUUUCAUUGGUUUAUUCGGUCAAUCAGGUAUGAGUUUUGCUCAAAAAAGGUGUAAAAUGGCAAAAACUUUCUUUACAAAACAAAAAAUAGCAAGAACCUUUUUUACAAAACAUAAUUUGACAAGAAGUUUCAAUAAAAUGUUUCAAACAAGACAUUUUUAAAAGUGAAAGUAGAGUGGAAGAUUUGUAAUGUAUUUUGCACUGAAAAUCUUCCACUAACUUCCACUUUUAAAAUGUCUUAAAAUGAUUUAAAAACACGUUUUUAACACAUUUUAGAAGUGGAAGUUAAGUGGAAGAUUUUCAGUGCAAAAUACAUUACAAAUCUUCCACUCAACUACCACUCUUAAAAACCUUUAAAAUGACGUUUUUAGGCCAUUUUAAGACUUUUUAAAAAUGGAAGUUGAGUGGAAGAUUUUUAGUGUAAUUUGCACUAAAAAUCUUCCACUGAAAUUCCACUUUUUUUAAAAUGUCAUAACUUUGGUGCUAGGAAUGAUAAUGGCGUAAAAUUUGUUUUUGAAGUAAAAAAUGGCAAGGACUUUCUUUACAAAACGAGAAAUAGCAAGAACUUUCUUUACAAAAUCAGGAAUUAGCAAGAACUUUCUUUACAAUAUGUAAAAUUUCAUUUCAGCUAGUCUUUUCAACCAGAGACCAUCGCCUAAUGUUCUACAGUGUGCGUGGUCGAUGCUUGAACGAACUCCAACUUGAUGACAAGAUCAGUGACAUUGAGGCCUUUCACUACGAAAUCCGCCAAUACAAAGGAGUACUAGUUGCCAUAGGCAAACAGAUACGGCUAUACGUGGAAAUGUUUCUGGUCGAUGUGAUCAGGACCGACGAGCCCGUGUCAUGGAUGAAGUUUGGCAAGCUGGGACGAGAAGAAGGUGUACUGCUCUUUGGUACCAUCAGUGGUGGUCUAUAUACCAAAAUAUUUCGAAGAACAGCGACGUUGGAGGAAAGAGCACUAGUCUUGGGACCACCUGUCGCACAAAGCCAAAAACUGAAUGUGCCCAAGAGGACGAAGGCUUUUAUCGACCAGUCGUUAAAGGAGAGGGACAAUCCGUUGCGGAUUCAUAAGGUAAAAGGUGGAAAAUUGACCGGAAACCGAAAAAAAUUGUCGAUUUUUCUCUAAAUUUGACGAUUUUCAGCCAAAUAUUUUAGAUUUACACCAAUAUUCCUCCUUCCAGGUAUAUCAACGAGACUUGUUCAUGCUAAAAUACAAUGUCACAAAAGCCUUUGCUUCUUUACAAUCAGGAGAAACUGGUCAAGUUCCAUCAAGAGACGUAGAACCGGUCGAUGUUAAUGUCGAACUCCUCGGCUUCGGGCCCGUUUUUAAGAUCGUGGUUAAUAUAUCGGCUAAUAAGUAAGUUAUCAAAGACUUUAAUUAGACAAGUUUGGGCUUAAAAUGAAAGUAAUAGAAUGGGCCUUGAUAUGCUGUAAAUUUUUAGUUAUAUUUUGAAGUUUUAGAAAAGUUAUGAUUAAAAAUGGCAGGCUGCCUCUAUGCGGAAUCGAACUUUUUUUUGAUUUUUGACAAUUUCAAGCAAGCAAAUCAUGUUGUAUAUCGUCUAAAACCAAACUCAAAUUAAUACAGAAAGCUUACAAAACACCCUUCUUCAGAGAGCUACCAGAAGCCCGUCGUGUAGUCAGCUUCGUCUUCGACCACAAAGAGUACAGCAUCAAGACCAACAUGAUCAUACUGCCAGACGUGUUCCCAGUCGGAGUUCGAAUGAAAUUCUACACAUUCUUCACAUGUUUAUAUCCGGAAAAGCAAGCCACAUCCGAGGUGAAGGUCACAAUGUUCCGGGAGAAGUGGAAACAACCCAUAUUUUCAUCCACAAUCAAUGUCCCCAUCAGCGAGCCGGAUAUCAACUAG